GUGCGCGAGGCGUUCCUCCACGAGGAGCCACUCCCGCCCAGGUGGGGGCAGCCAUGCUCUAAAAAGGUUGUUUGCCAGUUUUCACGUAUGAAACCAGAAGAAGAUUUCAAUACCUUUGAACGUUGGAUGCUGGUCCACUAACUUCCACGAUCUUCUGGUCCGUGCCGGUCUCCUGUCGUACCGCCUCGCCGUGGACGCGGCGUGGACUCGCCCGGUGCUCUUCGGUGCCCAGUGAUCUCGCCUGAUGACGUCCAAACCAAAGGCCCAGUUGGCACCCCUGCCAUGGAUGGAGAUCCUCACAUAUUGGGUGCUGUCCUUCGGCUCUCAUCUGUACUCUUUCUACCAACUGCACAUAUUCUCCAAAGAGCAUGAAGCGGGAUUAGAGAGAGAAUUGGAAAAAGGCCUCGUAAAGGGUUUUAAAAGGGACCCAACAGACUUUGAGUGGACGUUCUGGACGCAAUGGGCUAAGAAGUCUUUGCUGUGGACUCUUGUUGGUCACGGCGUGAUAUCAAGAUUGACCAGCAUCUUUUACCCCAAGUUCAGGGUGCCAGCACUCACUAUAUACGGCUUCUUAGCAGCCAGCAGUGUGCUGGGCAUUAAAGGUGUGGGUGUGCUGCUGGUCCACCUGGGCUUGUCCUUCUCAGUGGCCCAACUGCGAAAGCCAGCUUUGUCAUGGGCCAUCAACCUGCUGCUGCUCUCCACGCUUCACAUCCAACCGCUUCAAGAGAUCCAGAGGGACUGGUAUAAAACCGAGGAGGAGUACUAUCUGCUCCUCUUCAGUGUUGCCGUCUGUGGUCUACGCUUCAUCAGCUUCAGCCUGGAGCAUUGCUGGGCCCCUGCAGAGCGUGGUGGAGUUGUGCAGCUCUGCUGGUUAUUUUCAUACACCUUCUAUCAUCCUUUUUUCUACAAUGGACCCAUUAUUACGUACCAAGAUUACAUUGAGCAGAUGCGGAGGUCUUCUGAGGAGCGUGACGGAGACAAAUCUGUUUUUAGUUACUUGGUGCUCAGAGUGGGACGGAUUAUUCUGUGGUGGUGCAUCGCAGAAUACCUGAUCCAUGUCAUGUACAUGCACUCCAUCCAGUCUAAUGAGACCUACUUAGAAAUCCUUCCUCCCUGGGCCCUGGGAGGUCUGGCCCUGGCACUCGUGCAGUUCUUCUUUGUGAAGUAUCUGGUGCUGUUUGGCCUUCCAUCCAUGCUGGCUACUUUGGAUAAACUAGUUCCCCCGAAGCUCCCUCGUUGUGUGAGCAUCAUGUACAGUUUCACGGGGAUGUGGAGGCACUUUGACGAGGGCCUGUAUCGAUGGCUCAUCAGAUACAUCUACGUGCCGCUGGGGGGUUCACGGCACGGCCAUCUUUCCAAGAUGUUAUCAACUGGCCUUGCGUUCGGCUUCGUCUGCCUGUGGCACGGUGGCCACGACUACUUGCAGUACUGGGCCCUGAUGAACUGGGCCGGAGUUCUGGUGGAAAAUGGACUGAAGCCUCUGUUCGCCUCGUCGUUUAUUCGCUCCAUUGUUGAGCAGAAUUUCUCCGCGCCGAUGGAGAGGCGCUGCAUCGCCCUCCUCUCUGCCUUCUCCACUGCCAUGCUCAUCCUCUCUAAUCUGGUGUUUCUUGGGGGGAUACAUGUUGGCAGAAUCUUCUGGAAGCGUGUCUUCAUUCAAGGCUGGUCUACCACGGCUCCGCCCAUGCUGGCGUUCCUCUACUGCUUUGCUCAGGUUGGACUCGAGUAUACUUCUCGCCCACCGUGAGUCACCUUGACUUUCCAUCGCAGCGAGAAUCCCCUGCAACCAGACCACCAGAAGAACCUGCUGAGUCCGGUUCUUUGUCGUCGCCAGCCGGGGAGGGCCAAAGAACCCGUCCAAGCCUGGCUUUAGUGCAGCUGAGCUGACACUUCUUUCCACCACCUGCAGGACCAGGCAAAAAAAAAACAAAAAAAAAAACCUUCAUGUAAGCCAAGACUUAAAGGAUCAGCGCUGCUUCUCUUGGAGAGUUUCUCGUGCACACACACUGUAGUAGAAUGAAAUUCAGGGCAGCCUCCCAGAUUAGUCGAGGCAUGCUUUUCUACCCAAUGAGCUACACAGAAUCUCAUAUUCUAAGAAAGGUAAUUACGGCCCUGGAUCCGUCUUCGUUAUAUAGCUCUUGUGAGAUAUUGCUCAGUGGUGCGGUAAGCCGGGGAAAUGCUAAUUUCAUAUUUACUAUCCUCCUUUAGCUCGCCACGAAAGCGUGUGUGUUCAGAGGCAGAUAAAAGGACCAGUGGACUAGCGGGAACCUGAUCAGUCAUUAUUUUUCCCUCACAGAUCACACUGAUGUUAGAUAUAUUAAUUAAAAGCUUAAGAGGGACAACACACUAACUUUUCUUUCAGCACAUUAAUUAUAAUGGAUGACAUUUAUCCACUAGAAAGCAGAUGAAUGCCAUUUUCUGAUAAUGGAUGAGAGAAAAAAACAACAUUUGUUCUAAUGGAUUGUUAUACAAUGCCUCAUCAACUGUACACUACCUCAGUAUAGGUUUGGAUUAAAACCUUGUAUUUCCUGA